UUCCUUGGUUAGGAACGGAUAAUCGCAGCGCCUGGUAGCUGUGGGGUCUCAUGAAACGUGAGUGCAGGUCAGAGCGAGCGAGCGAGUGAGCGAGAGAGCGAGAGAGAGAGCAAGAGGGAUUGUUAAAUGAUCGAUCUGUAUUUAUGAGAACUUGUUUGUGCGCUGGUUGGGUGAUGGAAUCUGGGGACUGGUGAUCAACAGCGGCAUGUGCGUGAUUAGGGCAAGAAAUAGAAUCCGAACGAGAGAGAGAGCUGGGGUAGAGCUGGAAUUCAUCUUCGAGGGUCCCCCCUCUUCUAGAAUAUAAAACUGUUAGUCGAGUAGGGGUGGGAGAGAGCCUAGUAACCGGCGGGGGGGGUUUUGUUAAAUAGUUUACUCGCAGAGGCAGGGAUGAAAACGUCACCUGUAGGUUGGGAGGCGGUCUAUUUCGGGUGCUGCUGUGGUCAUGUCGCAUACAGCUCCUGAACCUACGGGUGUGCAAGUGUCAAGGGAAUUUUAGAAGCUUCGUGUGCUGGUUUCAUGUAUGGAUUACUCUGGAAUGAGUGACGGGAGGCUUUUCUGACGAACUUGUUCCCCCCCCCCCCCCCCCCCCCACGCAGAUCCAGCAGCAAAGCAAGGCGCCAGGAGGAUUGGUGAGGAAGAGACUCAAUAGCUUGUGUUCAAGCUGGCUCUGUGCGUCUCGCCACGAGAGUGUGAUGUACGCAAGAAUUCCAUUGGGAUUGGUUGUGAAUUCAUUGAUUCCUUUGGUGACGAACGACUUUCCUUGAGAGGGUUCGGGCCAGUUGCGCCCUCCCGUCGACUCUUCGUUUGUCGCUAGAAGUAUUGUUCUCCGAACCGGAAGGAGCCGUGUUGGCGGGUGGAGGUGGGAGCCUCGGAGCUUCUCAAUUUCCGUACGUGUGAGCAAGGAGCUUCUCGGUAGGUGGAGGUCACAUCCUGUCGGAAGCUGGACUGGGAGAGCGUGUAUGGAGGCAAGGAGACUAACUCCUGUGUUGAGGAGUUUCUCCUUCUUCGUGCGUUCCGAGAGACGUGUUGUGAUGCGAUGAAGCAACUGCUGCUGAAGCCCGCGUAAUGUAAUUACGAAGAGGGUGGGAUCGGCUGUUUAUUGCAGGGUGCACGUCGGUGUAUCGAUUACGAUCGUUGGAGCAGUAUCCGUGCCAUUGAAUUGGGCGGAAUCUUUGUAUUUCACUCGCUGCGCUUCAUGCUCGGCUUCACGGCAGUGAAAAAUCAGAGAUCUAAGCCUGAUCACGAAUGGUUAUAGUCCCUGCUAAAUUGUUUUUUGCUGAAGCGAAUCUUCUGUAUGUGGAGCUGCGAUUGCAAGAAUUUAUUGAAGUGCAAAAAAUUAGCACAACUUGUGUCAUCGAUUGAUUCUCAGGAGCCCCGUGGAGGUCUGCCAUUAUGGGUUCGGGAAGGAGCAGCUUGGAUAGUCUCAAAAGAACUGGAAGGACGCUGUUCUUCCUUGUAAGCAUGUUCGGAUCACUGCUCGUGUCAUCUGGUCCCAUUCUCGUGUCCAUCUUGGAUAUCAGCAUCGUCUUCUCCGCUUUCACCUGCUGUUCGUCUUGCUUUUCAUUCCGAGCUGACUGGGCAACGUACAGUUUUAGGGGUUCUCUUGUCGACAUCCCUCUCCUAUCAUUGGGUCGUUCCCUCGCUGCUCUGUGCGCGUAUGCCGUUUGCGGUGUUCCAAGCCUCUGCCAUGGUCCUUACUUGGGAAUCGCUAUCGUUUCGGGGAUUGGUACCACCGUGUUUCUGUCAGUCAAGGCCUCUAUGUACGAAAACUUCUAUGCCUCUACAGGAGCUCCUAUGUCAGUAGGCGAAAGAGGACACAAAAUGGGACUUCCGUUGCUCUUGGUAUCAUCAGCUGUAUUCGCAUUAUUGCACAUUUUCGUAGCUUGUAAGGCAAGGUGUCAGGCUCGUCGCAAGCUGUGUUUCGACAAGAUUGAUUUGGAUGGGGUCUCGACCAGCAAACUCUCAAUGAACGGGUACCAGCGUAUUUCUCGAGUCUCCUCUCCCAAAUUUCUCCGGAGAACUGAUUUGGAGAGCAAUAUGUCCCCGAAGUCACCGCAGGAAGAUGACAAUGAUUUGCCAGCUCAUCUACUUGCAGAUUACGAUAGUCAAUUUGUGGAUGUGAAAGGGCUUGUUGUACAUUAUAAAUUUAUCGAUGGCAGUGCAUUUAGUCAAAUUCCCUUGGGCAAUAGUUACGAAGCACAUGAAGUGUCUCAGUACACACGGAGUUCUUCUAAAAACUCACCCAGUUAUUCGUCCAUCCGGAACCCUCUCAUCUGGACUUCUAUUAGUGGACCUCUGCAUACACCGCUUUUGAGCGGUUAUGCAGGUGAAAACAACUUUUCAACAUCCAGAUCCUCAUCAUGGUCGAACGCUGGACCAGCGCUGAAUGGAUGGCCCGCGAUCAUGCAGCAGACUCAUAAUGCGCCAGUAGUUAUGCCCUCCACCCCAACAAGCAAUGUGAAUAACGACUUCCACGGGAAAAAAUCUGCGGUUGUUUUUAUUCAUGGUUUUGGUGGUGGGGUAUUUUCAUGGAGGCACGUCAUGGGCACCGUUGCUAGGGAGGUUGGUUGUAUGGUUGUGGCCUUUGAUCGACCUGGAUGGGGAUUGACCACUCGCCCUCGAAGAACUGAGUGGGAGCCGAAAGGACUACCGAAUCCCUACGAAUUACAGACACAGGUUGAAUUGCUCAAUGCCUUCUGCAAGGAGUUGGGGCUCACCUCGGUCAUCCUAGUUGGUCAUUCUGACGGUGGCUUGCUUGCGCUGAUGGCUGCUGCUCAGUCUUCGAAGUCGAGAGAUUCCACGCAGGUGGAAGUGAAGGGAUUGGUUCUGGUGGGCGUCAGUCUUGCAAGAGAGGUUGUUCCAUCCUUUGCUCGAGUUUUGUUGCAUACAACCCUCGGGCGUCACAUGCUGAGGUCGCUUCUGCGAUCAGAAAUCGCGCAAGUUACCACUCGCCGUGCCUGGCAUGAUGCAUCGAAGCUUACUUCAGAAACUAUAGAUCUCUAUAAGGCCCCACUGCGCGUUGAAAAUUGGGAUAAGGCCCUGUCAGAGGUCAGCAAGGCCACCAUGGGGUUGCCCACCUCAAGUGCAGCUGAGUUAGUGCGAUGCGUAGAAAAUCUGCCUGCUUUGGUUGUGGUAGGGAUCCAAGACAAUAUGGUGCCCAUAAAAUCUGCCCAGUCUUUGACAUCUCAGCUUCCAAGCUCGAGGUUUGUGGCAAUACCCAAUUGUGGACAUUUGCCGCAUGAAGAAUGUCCAGGUGCUUUGCUUUCAGCAAUAAUUCCAUUUGUGCAAAUGCAUCUUGGCAAAGGUGCAGUUCUUUCAAAUUCGAGAUCAGGGUUGACCUAUCCCGAUCCAUGCAGUGAUAGGACAAACUCAUCGUCAGAUACUUUCAGGUAAAAGAGUGGGCUUCACGAUUUUGUAGCUAGUAGCAGGUGAAGUAGCAGUCAUUUAGGGAUCCUUCCAAUGAUGCCAAGCCUUGUCCUCUAUGAUUAUUCGACUGGGCUAUGUCUUUCCCCAUUCCAUUGAGUAGUUCAUAUUCAGGAGUGUUAGAUGUUGUAGUGUUGCCUUAUUCCUAUGACGUAAUCCUGGCCAUCCUCAACGUUCUGAGGGGAGUGCUUUCACGGCUGCCUGAGAUGCAGUCCACCAGCUUGUACAUUAGUAGUGUAAUUUAGCAGCAACCAUUCAGCAAUGAAGGUUUAUUUGCGUAGUAGCUGCAAUCUCUACCAAUGACCCAAUUACUUCCUGUAUCAUGUUACUGAUCAGAGAGUAAAAUCAAAACACUGGAGCAGAUUUGAAUGUUGAA